AUGGGAAUGCAACAUAACUCUGGUACUGAAAGACGUAUUCUAUUCUCAGUCUGGGAUGAUGGUAAGGGAAGCAUUGUUGAUCUCGUUGAAAAGAACGACAAUGCUAUCGCUGAAGGCUUUGGCGGUGAAGGCACUGGCGCUCACGCCUACGUUCAUUACAACUGGACUACUGAGGAAACUGUCUUCUUCAGAGUUAUUGCAGAUGUUGACGAAUCUAGAGGUGGUUCUACCUUCACUGGCUAUUACAGCACUGACCUGGGGAAUACCUGGGAGCUAGUCGCUAGCUUCUUUGCUCAAAAGCAACCCAUUUGGCUCAGAUAUCCUUACGAUUUCUUGGAAAACUUUGGCUCGUAUCAAUCUGCUAUUCGUGAAGGCUUUUACGGAAACUACUCCAUUACGGAUACCGAUGACAACACCUACAAGAUUGACAGCACUUACUUUAUUCGCACCAAGCUUUUGAAGCCCACUGAUCUCUGGAAGCAAAAGAUUGUUGGUGGUCCGGGUAACGAAAUCUACAUGCGAAUUGAUGGCACGAAAGAGCAAGGCAUCUAUCGCCCUCCCUCCAAUCCUCCAACUCAAAUUGCCUAG